AUGGAGCAUCCACUAUUUAUCGUCCUCGUCACCUUGUUUAUCAUCACUUCUCGUGGGAUCUCCCAGGUUAGUGACUGCAAGCCUGGGAAUUAUGGGUCGAAAGUUGCAAUUACCAUAGUAGUUGAUCAAUCCGGCAUGGGAAAUCUUAAAACAAUUCAAGAAGCCAUUGAUUCCAUCCCAGCAAACAAUGAUCAAUGGAUCAAAGUUCAAAUUAAUCCUGGCACCUACACAGAACAAGUAGCCAUUCCAAUUGACAAGCCAUGUAUUUUUCUUGAAGGACAAGAUAGCAGCAUCACAACGAUUACUUAUGAUGCACAUGAAAGAACUGAUCUUAGCGCUACUUUUGCCUCACGACCAACCAAUGUUGUUGCGAAGGGUAUAACCUUCAAGAAUUCAUAUAACCGUGGUGCAGUUCCGGCGGUUACAGCAGUAAUUUAUGGAGAUAAGACUGCUUUCUAUAAUUGUGCUUUUCUAGGGUUUCAAGAUACAAUAUGGGAUGCCCUAGGCCGCCAUUACUUCUCUAAUUGCUACAUUGAAGGAGCAGUAGAUUUUAUAUUUGGUGUUGGCAAAUCUUUUUAUGAGGGUUGCUCAAUAAAUGUCAUUGGUGAUGGUUUUAUAACAGCUCAAGGUCGAGAAUUUCCUUUUGAGACUAAUGGUUUCGUAUUUAGUAAUUGCACUGUCACUGGACUUCAAGGUUUUCAAGCUUACCUGGGGAGAGCUUAUAGACCAUAUGCAACAGUGAUAUUUCAAAGCACGUUUUUAUCUGAAGUGGUUCAUCCCCUUGGCUGGGAUGCUUGGCAAUAUCCAGGACAGGAGAGUAAUUUCACCUUUGCGGAUAUUGAUUGCAAGGGACCAGGAUCAGAUACUUCAAAGCGUGUUCCAUGGGAAAAGAAACUUGAUGGAAGUCAGCUCGAGAAAUUUUCAAAAUCAUCCUUCAUCGACCGAGAUGGAUGGCUUGCCAAACUGCCUUUAUGA